GCUUUCACCCCGCCGAGUCAAGUCAACAUUUGAAAAACAAAAAGCUUUGCAACAGCGCUGAGUUAUUCUUCAUUCUCUGAGAAAUUCGGAAUCCAUUUUCUUCUCAAUCUUUCAACUUCCCAUCCAUCGGAAGAUUGAAAUCCAUGGCGAUGGACGUUGUGGGCGGCGCUCUUCUCUCUUCCUUUCUCUCCGUCUUGUUUGAUAGGCUGGCCUCCCGUCCCGUCGUCGACUUCAUCCGCGGACAGAAGAUCACCAGCGGACUGCUCAGGAAGUUGAGGAUUAAGCUGCUUUCAGUUAAUUCUGUGCUCAAUGACGCGGAGGAGAAGCAAUUCAACAACCCAGCUGUGAGGGAGUGGCUCGACGAACUCAAAGAUGCUCUUUAUGCUGCAGACGACCUGCUGGAUGAGAUCAAGACUGAAGCUCUGCGGCGAAAGCUCGAAGGCGAUGAAUCCGAAAGCAGCAGCAGCAAAAGUCAGGUAGGGAUCUCCAGUUCCACUUGGAUUGACGAAUUUGACAAAACAAUGGAACCCAAGAUUGUUGAAAUGCUUGGGAGGUUAGAAUUUAUUGUAAAUGAGAAAGAUGUGCUUGGUUUGAACGAGGGUGUUCCCAAUCGGCGACCACAAUCAAGAUUAUCUGCCACUUCUUUGGUGGAAGAGGACGGUGUGUACGGUAGGGAUGAGGACAAGGAGGCCAUUGUGAAGCUAUUGCUAUCCGAUGAUGCGAAUGGCAAUAAGUUGAGUGUGAUUCCGGUUGUGGGAAUGGGUGGCAUCGGAAAGACCACCCUUUCGCAGCUUGUAUACAACGAUGCUAGAGUGAAGCAACAUUUUGACUUGCAGGCAUGGGUUUAUGUUUCAGAAGAAUUUGAUGUUGUUAGAAUAACUCAAAUUAUUUAUGGGUCAGUCAUUUCACAAACUUGUAGUAUCACGGACUUGAAUCUACUUCAAGUUAAACUCAAGGAGGCUUUGACGGGAAAGAAAUGUUUCUUUGUUCAUGAUGAUGUGUGGAACGAGAAUUAUAUUCACUGGGAUGCAUUGCGGUGUUCUUUUGAGUCUGUCGCACACGGAAGUAAGAUCAUUGUGACUACACGUAACCAACGUGUUGCAUCAAUGAUGGGUACUGUCACAGCUUACCAUCUAAACCAAAUAUCUGAAAAAGAUUGCGGGUUGUUAUUUUCCAAGCAUGCCUUCGGCAGGAUAAACUCAGCUGUGCAUCCAACUCUAGAAGAAAUCAGUAGCGGAAUAAUUAAGAAGUGUAAAGGUCUUCCAUUAGCUGCAAAGUCUCUUGGGGGUUUGUUGCGCUGUAAACAAAGUUACGAGGAGUGGGAUGAAAUAUUGAAGAGUGAAAUAUGGGACUUGCAAGAUGAGUAUACUAUUCUUCCAGCUUUGAGAUUAAGUUAUCAUCAUCUUCCUUCUCAUCUAAAACGAUGUUUCUCCUAUUGUUCGAUUUUCCCCAAAGGUUACAAAUUCGGAAAAUCAGAAUUAGUUUUGUUGUGGAUGGCUGAAGGUUUUUUGUCACCCCAAAGAAAGAAAAUGAUGGAAGACGUUGGAGUGAUGUACUUUGAUGAUUUAAUAUCGAGGUCAUUUUUUCAGCAUUCAGGUGAUGACCAAUCACUUUUUACCAUGCACGACCUUAUCAAUGAUUUAGCAAAGUUUGUAUCAAGAGAAUUUUGUUUUAGGUUGGAUGAUAGUGACUCAUUCAAUAAUGUUUCAAGCAAGACUCGUCAUUUCUCAUACACUCAGAAUAGCCCCUUUCUCGAAGGACUUGGUGUAGGUGUUCAUGCGACUGCAAAGGAGGAGAUUUCUGGUUUUGAUAAAUUUGAAGCUUUAUGCGAAGCCAAGUAUUUGCGCACCUUCCUAGCAAUAAAACCUGGACCAUUAUGGAAUAUUUUCUGUUUCAACAAGGUACCUCAUGAUCUCUUACGAACACUGUAUUGUUUGAGAGUGCUCUCUUUAUCUCAUUGUAACAACAAGGAGUUGCCUUAUUGGAUUGGCAAUUUGAAACACCUAAGGUAUAUAGACUUGUCAUACAGUAGAUUUGAAAAGUUACCUGAAACGAUAUGUACUUUGUAUAAUCUACAAACGUUGCUCUUGUUCAAUUGUGAUGAACUUGCUCAGUUGCCGAUCAACUUGGGGAGACUCAUCAACUUGCGCCAUCUUGAUGUUAGAAGCACCAAUCUAAAAGAGAUGCCACCACAUAUGGAUAAGUUGAAGGAUCUCCACACAUUGAGUGACUUUGUUGUUGGCAAACAAGCUGCACCUAGCAUUGUAGUGUUGAAAGAGCUUCAGUUAGUAGGUACACUUGCUAUUUCAGGGCUUCAUAAUAUUGUGACUUCUGAGGAUGCUUUUGUAGCCAAUAUGAGAAAUAAGCACCUUGACGGACUAGCUUUGAUAUGGGGAGCUGAGACCGAUGAUUCACAAAAAGAUAGAGAGGUGCUUAAUAAUCUCCAGCCUCAUACUACACCUGAAAGCCCUGAGUCUUAAGUUUUAUGGGGGUACAAGAUUUCCGGAUUGGUUAGGGGAUCAUUCUUUUUCUAAUUUGGUUUCUCUUCAACUCGAAGAUUGUAAACAUUGUUGCUCCUUGCCACCACUGGGGCAGCUACCCUCCCUUGUCACGCUUUAUGUUUGUGGGUUAAAUGAAGUAGAGACGAUAGGGCCUGAGUUUUAUGGUAAUAUUGUUAUGCCAUUUAGAUCUCUAUCAGUUUUAUUCUUCAGAGAUAUGUUGGGGUGGCAAGAGUGGUCUCAUUUCGGAAGUAGCCAAGAAGGUGGAGCUUUUCCUCAUCUUUGUCAGCUCUAUCUGACAAAUUGUCCCAAGCUAACAGAGAAAUUACCUGAGUAUCUUCCAUCCUUGACUACACUUGAGAUAAGGAGAUGCGAGCAACUUCUGGGUUCACUUCCAAGAACUGGGGCCAUUUUGGAGAUUCCUUCUGUGAAAGACAACCUUUGUCUUGAAGAGAAAACUAGCGGUAUUAACUCAUCUCUUACUCCAUUUCCUUGUGACGGUCUGGCCAAUGCUUUAAGAGUUCUUAAAAUAAAAAAUUGUUGGAACUUAUCUCCAUUAAAUCACUGCUAUGCAUUCCUUCAAACAUUGAAGAUAAAGAGUAGCUGUGAUUCAACCAAGUCUAUCCUGCUGGACUACUUCCCAAAGGUUAAGGAGCUCAAAUUAUAUGACUGUAGGAAUCUGGAAUCCCUUACUUAUUCCCAGGAUUCUGAAAGCCCUACAAUCCUGUCCCUCAGUUCCUUGAGAAUAUUUAAUUGCCCAAAUUUUGUAUCUUUUCCCAAUGGAGGACUGUACGCCCCCAACUUGAUAGUGCUUAAUAUAUCUGAAUGCGAUAAAUUGAGGUCGUUGCCAGAACAUAUGUGCACUAGUCUCUCAUCUCUUCAGGCUGUAAUCCUAGAGUAUUGUUCUGAACUAGAGUCAUUUCCUGAAGGGGGACUGCCUUCAAAUUUGGAUAUGCUGCGUAUCUUUGGAUCCAAAAAACUCAUUGCCAACCGCAUGCACUGGGGUCUGGAUAGGCUCAUCUGUCUCAGAUACUUGGCUUUCAGCUUUGACGAAUGUGAAGACGUUGUAUCAUUUCCGGAGGAGGGGCUUCUGCCUACCAUUUUGACUACUCUCUGCAUCUUCAAUAGUCCAAAUCUUAAGAUCCUGGACUCUAAGGGUUUUCAAAACCUCACCGCUCUUCAACAUUUGUUCAUUGAUGAGUGUAAUGAGCUCGAAUGCUUGCCAGAAGGCCUUCCCACUUCUCUUUCUCAUUUGGAUAUCAAUAAAUGUCCUUUGCUGACACAAAGGUGCCAGAAAGAGAUAGGGGAAGAUUGGCUCAAGAUUUCUCACAUCACUCGUGUAACCGUUGAUGGGCUCGAUUUCAUAAACUGAUCGACUCUCUCUCAGGGUUAUUUUCGCUCUAUGCCUUCAGAAGCCUCGGUGUGCUGGCAUUUGUUUCUUGAUCUCGAUUCAACACAGAAGUGUGUUUGUCUUGAUUGCAGAUGCUUCUCCUCAGGGGCAUCACCUGCGUAUUCCCUUAGUUUCUGAAAGCGGAUACAAGAAAAGUUUUGACUGCAGCUUCCAUAUUACAAAACCAAUGGUCGUACAGAUGAUCGAACGCAGAAAACAGAGAAGAGUAUGCGGAAUGUCACGUAAUGUUUUACUUUAAACGAGAUUAACAACGAUUUGUCUUCGUUAUUUGCAUGAUAUUACCAUAAUCUGUUAAACCAUUGUUCAAUUAUUUUCCUCAUGGCCAUUGAAUCCAGUUGAUACACAAACACAUUUAAUCA